UAAGCUUUUCCCUCCAUUCUGUGCUCGACAAUCUCCUCCAAUCCCUGCGCUGACACCUGAAGUGUCUGCCUCUGGUUUAAGCCAACUCUCGGACCAUGAUAUCUAUCAUGGUUCCGAUGAAUUUGCGCUGCCCAUCUUAUUCAAGCGUUCAGCAGUAUUAUGCAUCAUGAAUCCAAAACUCAUUCUCCUCCACUUGUUGGCCUCAAGAGUCAAUACGUAAUUGCUUGGCCGACUGAGCUUGACGAAGGAACCAAUCAAUCCUCUGAUUCAAUUGCAGGCUUGAGACGGGCUAAUUGUUCUUGGAGCUCAUCCUCAAGCUCUGUGGCCAUAAACAAGACUGGCGUCGGCAUCAUAUAUGGAUUUUCUUCUCUAUCUUAAUGGGGGAAAAGUACGGCUGCUGCGAACAGUUGCGCCGUGAACGAAAUGUCCAAAGACAACCGAUGAACUUAUUUAGGGCAACCCCUCGUCGCCCCCGCUCCGCCUACUGAUCAUACCCAAUUAAUUUCCCCACCGAUCUCUUCCCAAUUAUUAUCCAAAUCCAGAGAUCAAUGUCUUUCCCAAGUGUAGUGCCGUCUCGGAACAUCCCAUCCGAUCUCGAAAUCGAAGAAGCGAUCAAAGCCUUCGAUGAGUCGAAGGCUGGAGUAAAAGGCCUCGUCGAUUCGCGAAUCGCGACGGUGCCGUCCAUAUUCAUCGAGCCGCCGGAGAGCAAUCGGCGCCACAACCGGUCGGAAUGCACUGAUCCGGACCAAAGCUACGAGCAUGUAGUACCUGUUAUCGAUCUCUCCGGUCCACGGGAGGAUAUCGUCGUGCAGAUCUGCGAGGCGUCGGAGAAGUGGGGAGUGUUUCAGGCGGUAAACCAUGGCGUCCCUCUGACGAUAUUGGAUGAGAUGUUACUGGAAGUAGCCAAGUUCCAUGAAUCGCCUGCGGAAGAGAAGCAGCAGUUUUACACCCGGGACUUGAAGAAGAAGGUGGGGUUGGCGAGCACUUUUGACCUUUACACCAGGAAGAGGGCCAACUGGAGGGACACUGUCCAUUGUGACAUGGCUCCCGACCCCCCUUCACCCGAGGAACUCCCAAUGCCUUGGAGGGAAAUAUUACCAGAGUAUUCUAAGCGCACUGCAGAACUUGGAGGGUCUCUGAUGGAGUUACUAGCAGAAGCCCUUGGUUUACCCUCCAAUGUCCUCAUUGAUAUGGAAUGCAUGAAGGCACAGACACUUGCACUGCACUAUUAUCCUCCAUGCCCACAACCUGAGCUAACUGUGGGAGCAACCAAACAUUCAGACCCAAGCUUCAUCACUAUCCUCCUGCAAGACCACAUUGGUGGGCUCCAAGUUCUUCAUCAGGACCAUUGGAUUGAUGUUGUGCCCUUCCAUGGUGCUCUGGUUGUGAACGUGGGUGAUCUUCUGCAGCUUGUCUCAAAUGACAAAUUCCUAAGUGUUGAGCACAGAGUGCUGGCAAGUCGAAUGGGGCCAAGAGUGUCGGUAGCUUGCUUCUUAAAGGCUGCACUUGAACCAGGGACGAAUAAGUUUGGCCCCAUCAAGGAUCUCUUAUCUGAUGAUAACCCAGCCAAGUAUAUGGAAGUAUCGAUGAUCGACUAUACUUCUCAGUACAAUACCAAGGGACUUGAUGGAGUCUCUGCUCUCAAUCGUCUCAAGCUCAGGUAAUGGGGGGUUUGCAUAUUUGGAAUAUAUAAAAAUUUAUACGUGGGCAAUUUGCUAUCAUAAUGUGGUCCCUCUCAAUGGAAGCUCCUUGUAAAACUAAAAAGUUUAAUUUACCCAUACUUUUAGUAGAUUUUCUUUUGUUAAAAAUUUACAUAAAGGUGCCUAACAAACGAGGUAAUAACAAAUGGCCACCCAACUUGUUUCUGGCCUCCAACAAAGGGAUCUGGUUUCGGUGGAUAUGGGAUGCUUAGAGGACGGUUCACCGGUGCCCAGGAGUCCGGCUAUUCUGAAGGAUUUUGUCAUAUAUAGGAUCCCUAUCCUCCAAAUUGGAACGAGCAAUCAAACCUUAGCUAUGCUAAACCAACUUGUAAUGCUCUCAAUUGUUUAUUGCUACUUUUUAUUUUGAAUAAUAAAGGUGUGUAGCCUAA